GGCAGAUAACAGAUAACUCGCAUCAAGCGAUCGACCUGAAACGUGCACCUCCCUGAUGCCGCACAAUUGUCUGCCGAAAGCUUUCCUAUAUAAACGAUAAAUGGUACAUCGUUGAAUGAAUAAAAGCAAAGUGCUUGGAUAAUGAAAGCGUUGGCGACGACUAUCCUUGGAUGCCUGCUGCUGGUGGGCUCCGUCCAGGCUUACAAUGAGAUCUGUAUCGGCGUACCUAACCUCACUUACGUGAGGAGCCCGCAAGCGUGCUACUUGUACUACGCCUGCAUCGAUGGACAGGCGUACGGAUACACGUGUCCCGAAGAUCUCUGGUUCUCGAUGGAGUUGCAGCGCUGCGUGCCUCAGGACGAAGCCGACUGUGACAUCGAACCGGCACCAGAACUCCCGGAAGCACCACCAAGACCACCGUCCCCAGAGUGUGAGGAUUUGCCCGACUUCACCUACCUUCCGAGCAACACUUCGUGCCAAUUCUACUACCAAUGCAUAGACAAUUUCGCGUAUCGCCUCUCCUGCCCGCGCGGAUACUGGUUCAGCAUUGAGCUUGGCCGUUGUGGCAAUCGGUUCGAGGUCGAGUGCGACAUAGAGGAACCGACGCCAACGCCUACCGCGCCUCCUGGUCCAUCCGAGCCAAACCUUUGCUUUGGACGGCCCAACUUUUCCUACGUUCAAAGCCCACAGUUUUGCCAGCUGUUCUACUACUGCCUCAACGGUACACCCUUCCCGAUGAUCUGUCGCAAUGGAUUCUUCUUCGACGAAACCACGCAGGACUGCAUCCCGGAGGAGGAGGCACAGUGCAGUAACCCCGGUUUGCCCGGGUCGACUCCAGGACCGACGCCAGGCAUUUGCAGCAACGUAGACGACGGUGAAAUGGUUAUCAACCCACAGUUCUGCAAUCAGUACUAUGUGUGCGUGGAAGGUACCGCUUUCCCGACCCUGUGCCCCGACGGUACAUGGUUCGACCAGGAGACGCAAGCCUGUGGUAAUCCGAUCGAUGUCUUCUGCCCGAACGGACCACCGACCACACCGACCCCCAACGUGUGCGUCGACUCGGAAGACGGUGAAUACGUGCCCAGUCCUCAGCGCUGCGAAGCAUACUACGUGUGCUCGGGAAGCAUCGGAUACAUCCUGUACUGUCCACCCGGCUUGUGGUUCGAUCAAGUCUCGCGCGAGUGCGUUUCACCAGCCAAUGCGGUCUGCAAUGUGCCCACGCCUCCGACUCCACCCCCUACCCCAACUAUCCCUCCAACCGUUCCACCUACCGGACCACCGGAGGCCGGUAACCAGCAGUGCAACGGACUACCCAACGGAACGUACGUGCCGAGCCUUGACGACUGCAGCCGCUUCUACAUCUGCUUCAAUGAGGGCGCGUAUCCGAGCAAUUGUCUCGGCGGGCUGUUCUUCAACCCGGAAACGAUGCUCUGCGACCUGCCGGAGAACGUGGUGUGCAAUGUGCGGGCUCCGAAGGCUGCCGCCUAAUUUUCGGCACCUGUAAACUCAACCAUCAUUCAUUGUCCUAUGAAUGUUUUCAAUAAAUGUUGCUCUCACAUUAUGACCCGACA